GUGCUACUGCUGCGUCAGUGCACCAGCAGUUUGUGCCUUAUGGAUAUCAAAAAAAAAACAAGAAUUCCUUUCCAGCGCUUAAGCGAAACCUCGAUAUCAGCACAGAGCGCAAAAAUGAGCACAAACGAUGGCGCACGGCAAUUGAUGACUAUGCGCAGUACUCAGAAUGGAUCAGUAAAGUUAGCGAGAAAGUGGAGGAUAUGCCGGAUUUGGUCGCUUCUGAAAGCGUCACCACUGAAGGCUCUGACGAUCCGGAAGCGGAGUACUUUUACACCAUCAGUUCCAUGAAGAAUUUAAUCGCUGAAAUUGAAAGAUCGCAUGCAAAGCAGUCCGAAGAAACAGCCAAAAGUGAUGCCAAAUUGGAGGAGAUAAUAAAAGAUUUUGAAGAACGGUCGAAACGAAACCACUUCGCCAAAAAGCCUGCUCAGGUGAUUUAA